AAAACACAACCAUUAUUUUUUUCCGGUGUGUCCUUGUUUACUAGCCUCAUUCAAUCCCAAAUUAAUGGCUUCCUUUACAAACAUGUUUUCUUUAAUUGUGGUAAUUAUGACAUUAUUUUUCAUCAACUCAGAUAAAGCUUGUGCUGCAGAUCCAGACAUGCUUCAGGAUAUUUGUGUUGCUGAUCUCAACUCAAACUUAUGGGUGAAUGGAUUUCCAUGCAAGAACGUGUUCUCUGCAGCCGAUUUCGCGUCAUUGGUUCUUUCUAGGCCUGGAGCCACCAAUAACACAUUUGGUUCCGCUGUCACUGCCGCAAACGUUCUGGGUGUCCCUGGCCUUAACACUCUUGGUGUGUCGAUGGCUCGUAUCGACUUUGCUUCUGGUGGCAUUAACCCACCCCACCUCCACCCACGAGCCACUGAGAUGAUCUUCGUUUUACAAGGUGAAUUGGAUGUUGGUUUCUUUACCACAGCCAAUGUCUUUGUUGCCAAACGCAUUGUACAAGGAGAAGUCUUUGCUUUUCCAAGAGGACUUGUUCAUUUUCAAAAGAACAAUGGUGAAGUUACAGCAACUGUUAUUUCUGCCUUCAAUAGCCAGUUACCUGGUACACAAGCUAUUGCAACAACGUUGUUUGGCUCUUCACCACCUGUCCCCAAUGAGAUCUUGGCUCAAGCAUUCCAGAUUGACACUGCGCAAGUUCAGCAGAUUAAGUCAAAAUUUGCACCCAAGUAGUUAAAAAUUUUGUCAUGUUUAAUUUCUCGUUUGUUUGUUGGAUGGUUGUUAGUUAGUGUUUGUUUUUUUUUUUCUCUAGAUGUUCUUGUAAGUUGCAAGUAUAAUAAAUAAAGAGAACUAAAUGGUGGAUGUGAAUUUA